UGCGACGUUGCUCCCCAUCCACCGAGCUCUCCUCGAGAGGCCACCUCUACCUCGGUCGUCCACCGCCAGCCAUGGGCCUGGAUAUCCUGCUUGUGCGCUCGAGGGGCGUGCGCUGCAACGCGGCCUGGUCCGCUAGCGCCUCAUCUUCUAAAUUGCAAAUCUCGUGCUCCUAUCGCAAGUUUCACAUCGCUGCACCGCGACGAAACGCCCAGAGCGACGCUAGCCCUAAGACUGCGACUCCCUCCACACAGGAGCUGCCAGGCGUGCCGUACUCCUCGCUCAGAGUCGGCGUCCCGCUAGAGAUAUACCCAAAUGAACGACGCGUGGCCCUGACCCCCCAGAAUGCGCAGCUGCUCCUCAAGAAGGGGUUCGCGCAGGUGCUCGUAGAGAAGUCCGCAGGCCUAGAGGCGCAGUUCCUAGACGAACAGUACAGGGCGGCGGGCGCAGUGGUCGUAGACCGGAACGAGCUGUUCGAGCGCUCCGACAUCCUGCUGAAAGUCCGCCCGCCCGUCGCGGGCCAGGAGGCGGAGCUCGUCAAGGACAGCAGCACGCUCAUCUCGUUCCUGUACCCGAACCAAAACAAGGCUAUAAUCGAGGCGUUGGCUGCCAAGAAGUCGACCGCGUUUGCUAUGGAGAUGAUACCCCGUAUAUCGCGUGCACAGGUUUUCGACGCUCUGAGUUCCAUGGCAAACAUCGCUGGAUACAAAGCUGUCCUUGAGGCCGCCAAUCACUUCGGACGUUUCCUCACUGGUCAGGUUACUGCUGCUGGGUAUAUUCCACCUUGCAAAGUCCUAGUCAUCGGCGCUGGCGUCGCUGGCCUAAGUGCUAUCGCUACCGCAAGGCGUAUGGGUGCGAUUGUACGCGGCUUCGAUACCCGUGCGGCUGCUCGUGAACAGGUCCAGUCCCUCGGCGCUGAGUUCAUUGAGGUCCCCUUCGAGGAAUCCGGUGAAGGAGGCGGAGGCUACGCGAAGGAGAUGUCCAAGGAAUUCAUCGAGGCGGAGAUGGCGCUCUUCAUGGAACAGUGCAAGGAAGUCGACAUUGUCAUCACCACGGCUCUUAUUCCCGGUAAACCCGCCCCGAAGUUGAUCACGGAAGAGAUGGUCGCUGCCAUGAAGCAAGGCUCAGUAAUUGUUGAUCUCGCCGCGGAGACUGGAGGAAACUGCGCUGUCACCAAGCCCGGAGCGCUGUACGUCCACAAGGGCGUUAAGAUCGUAGGAUACACAGACCUGCCGUCGCGCCUGCCCACGCAGUCCUCUACUCUGUACUCGAACAACGUCACCAAGUUCCUACUCUCGAUCGGUGGUGAGGGUCGCUUCGCGGUCAACCUCGAGGACGAGGUCGUUCGCGGGUCCAUCGUCCUGCACAACGGCACCGCGCUACCCCCGGCCCCCCGCGCUGCUCCACCUCCGGUCGCUCCCCCGAGCGCGGCGAAAGUCGCGGAGGCUGCAGAGGCGCGCGCACUCACUCCAUGGCAGAAGGUGACGCGGGAGGUCGCGCUCGUCACCGGUGGGAUGGGCUCCGUGGUCGCACUAGGCAAGCUGACGGGCCCUGCGUUCAUGAGCAACUUCUUCACGUUUGGGUUGGCGGGCUUGAUCGGGUACCGCGUCGUGUGGGGCGUUGCUCCCGCGCUGCACUCGCCGCUGAUGUCGGUCACGAACGCUAUCUCUGGUAUGGUCGGUGUUGGCGGCAUGUUCGUCAUGGGUGGUGGAUACCUCCCGGCAACCAUCCCUCAAGCGAUGGGCGCAGCGUCGGUUUUGCUCGCUAGCGUCAACGUCGCUGGAGGCUUCGUGAUCACGAAGCGUAUGCUCGACAUGUUCAAGCGUGCUACUGACCCUCCGGAAUACACCUGGCUCUACGGUAUCCCCGCUAUCCUGUACACCGGGGGUUUCCUCUUUGCUGCUAGCACGGGCAUGUCCGGUUUAGUCCAAGCCGGGUAUCUGACGAGCAGUGUCCUCUGUAUCAGCGCGCUCUCCGGACUGGCGUCGCAAACGACUGCCCGGCAAGGCAACAUCCUCGGUAUCCUAGGUGUGGGCUCGGGCGUCCUCGCCUCCCUCGCCGCAGUCGGUUUCGAUCCGGAGGUCCUUGUGCAGUUCGCCGCGGUGGCGGCACUCGGUGGGACGGCGGGAACGAUUAUUGGUCGCCGGAUCACCGCCAUCGAGCUCCCGCAGAUGGUCGCCGCACUGCACUCCGUCGUCGGUCUCGCGGCGGUCAUGACGAGUAUUGCGAGCGUGCUGGCGGACCUCAGUCAUGCGUCGACGCUUCACCUCGUUACUGCCUACCUCGGUGUUCUCAUCGGUGGUAUCACAUUCACCGGAUCCGUCGUCGCGUUCCUCAAGCUCGCCGGCAAGAUGUCCUCGCGACCCGUCCGCAUCCCGGCGAAGCACUUCGUGAAUUCGACGCUGCUUGGUGCCAACAUCGCGUCGAUGGGGGCCUUCGUCACCAUGGCGCCCUCUGCGCCGCUCAUCGCCGCGGGCUUCCUGGCGGCGAACACCGUGCUAAGCUUCAUCAAGGGCUUCACGACGACUGCGGCUAUUGGAGGAGCGGAUAUGCCCGUUGUCAUUACCGUGCUGAACGCGUAUUCCGGCUUCGCCCUGGUCGCUGAAGGCUUCAUGCUGGACAAUCCGCUACUCACUACCGUUGGUUCGCUCAUCGGCGUCAGUGGUUCUAUCCUGUCAUAUAUCAUGUGCGUUGCCAUGAAUAGGACCUUGACGAACGUCCUCUUCGGAGGUAUCAGCGCGCCUGCGAACCAGCCGGAGCACAAGAUUGAGGGUACCAUUACGAAGACGAGCGUUGAUGACACGGCGGAUGCCCUGCUGAAUGCCGAGAGCGCCAUUUUGGUUGUGGGCUACGGCAUGGCCGUUGCGAAAGCGCAGUAUGCCAUCGCGGAUAUCGUCAGCCUGCUGCGUUCAAAGGGUAUCCAGACUCGCUUCGCCAUCCACCCCGUCGCUGGAAGGAUGCCUGGGCAGUGCAACGUCCUACUCGCAGAGGCGUCAGUUCCGUACGACAUCGUGCACGAGAUGGACGAGAUCAACGACGACUUCGGGAGCACGGACGUGACGCUCGUCAUCGGCGCGAACGACACCGUGAAUCCGAUCGCGCUCGAGCCAGGCUCGCCCAUCGCGGGCAUGCCCGUCCUACACGCGUGGAAGAGCAAGCAGGUCAUCGUCAUGAAGCGCGGCAUGUCCAGCGGCUACGCCGACGUGCCGAACCCGAUGUUCUUCAUGCCGGGCACGAAGAUGCUCUUCGGCGACGCGAAGGAGACGUGCGAAGCUAUCAAGAAGGGCUUGGAGUCGCGUGCCGCCUCCUCGUGAUCGCGCCGCCGCCACCGCCGGGGCCGUCGGGAUCACCCAUCUGUACAUGUACAUUGCCCAUCUGUUGUAUGUAUGUACAGGCUCCUACCCACCGUCCGCUUCGAGUUGAGGGGCCGAUCUCAGGUGGAGGGUGCGAGGUUUAUUCAAGUGGGCGGAGGGAAGCGCCGGGAGGAAGUGGUCAGGUGAUUUAAGUUGCAGCCCCUCAACUCUCAGCGACGGCUGGCACCAAACACAUGUAAAUAACGGAGGGCCGGCGGUUUAGCGCCAGAAGUGCCUCCAAAUGGCAGUCCAUCAACUGCAAGCGCUUCCUCAAUAAA